AUGGGUUGUUCAUAAACUAAGGCCAGAUAAUCGAUAUCUCUGAAACUUAUAUAAAUGUAAUCAAGUUAAAAUGAAGCCAUUAUUCAAUCAAAUCUAUACAAGAACGAUAAUAAAUAUAAUCUAAUGAAGAAUCCUAUUAUAUAGAGAAGAGCAUAAAGGAGAAAUAAAAUGUCCCAAACUACAGCUUGUACUCCAACUUUGAUUUGA